AUGGUUAUAAAUCCCCUGCGUCGUUACCUGGCCCAACCCCGUUGCUCGACCGCCAAUGCUCCCAUGCCCCCUUGUGUCGCAUGCAUCCAAGCACCGCGGUCCCAAACUUUCAGCAUUCCUAGCACCUCACAUCUCUUAAUAUGCACUCUCCACCUCAAAACCCAUGUCCACGAGUACUCACGGAUGUUGCUGAUACUUGUUGCUGAUAUGAGUGUGCGCAAAAUAUUGGAGGUGAUGAAGAAGGUGCGUCUAAUGCAUGCAGAUGAUUUGGCUCUGAAGUGUAGCUCAUUUGAUGCAGGAGAAAUUAUGGUGUGUUGUGUCAUAUACAUAGCCUUAUUUUCGAAGCAACACCAUAUACGAGCAUAUGCUCCACAAAACUAA